GGCGUCUACCGGUUCCUCAGAAUAUCUCUCAUCCGCACUCUGGUGAUUUGGAUGUUGUCUGAGCUUGAUUAACGGAUGACAGUUAUUCGUUAAAUUCAUAAAUGCAUCAGAAGUGACCGGACUUCUGUAGCUCAGCGAUAUAAGGUGUCGUUAAAGGCGAGAAGAUGUCGGCCAGCGCGGUUUAUGUGUUGGAUCUGAAGGGGAAGGUCCUGAUCUGUCGUAAUUACCGCGGUGAUGUGGACAUGUCAGAGAUUGAGCAUUUUAUGAGCCUGCUGAUGGAUAAAGAGGAAGAGGGCACGCUGUCGCCAAUCCUGGCUCAUGGAGGAGUGCGUUUCAUGUGGAUUAAACACAACAAUUUGUAUCUUGUUGCAACAUCCAAAAAGAACGCUUGUGUUUCCUUGGUUUUUUCAUUCCUCUACAAAAUUGUGCAGGUGUUCUCAGAAUACUUUAAGGAAUUGGAGGAGGAGAGUAUCAGAGAUAACUUUGUCAUUAUUUAUGAGCUGCUGGAUGAACUCAUGGACUUCGGUUACCCUCAAACAACUGACAGCAAGAUCCUUCAGGAAUACAUCACGCAGGAAGGUCACAAGCUGGACACGGGAGCUCCGCGACCCCCCGCGACCGUAACCAAUGCCGUCUCCUGGAGGUCAGAAGGCAUCAAGUACAGGAAAAACGAGGUUUUCCUGGACGUCAUAGAGUCUGUCAACCUCCUGGUCAGCGCGAAUGGUAAUGUUCUUCGCAGCGAGAUCGUCGGCUCUAUAAAGAUGAGAGUAUUUCUCUCGGGAAUGCCAGAGCUGCGUUUGGGUCUGAAUGACAAGGUUUUGUUCGAGAACACUGGCCGUGGUAAGAGUAAAUCUGUGGAGCUGGAGGACGUGAAGUUUCACCAGUGUGUGCGUCUGUCUCGUUUUGAGAAUGAUCGCACAAUCUCCUUCAUCCCUCCGGAUGGAGAAUUCGAGCUGAUGUCAUACCGCCUAAACACGCAUGUGAAGCCUCUGAUCUGGAUCGAGUCUGUGAUUGAGAAACAUUCACACAGCAGAAUCGAGUACAUGAUCAAAGCCAAGUCUCAGUUUAAGCGACGUUCCACUGCCAAUAAUGUGGAGAUUCACAUUCCUGUACCGACUGAUGCUGACUCGCCCAAGUUCAAGACCACCGUGGGCAGUGUGAAGUGGGUGCCGGAGAACAGUGAGAUUGUUUGGUCCAUCAAGUCUUUCCCUGGGGGUAAGGAGUACCUGAUGAGAGCUCAUUUUGGGCUUCCCAGCGUGGAAGCUGAAGACAAAGAAGGCAAACCACCAAUCAGUGUGAAGUUUGAGAUCCCUUAUUUCACCACAUCUGGAAUACAGGUGCGUUACCUGAAGAUCAUUGAGAAGAGCGGAUAUCAGGCCCUGCCGUGGGUUCGCUACAUCACCCAGAACGGAGACUAUCAGCCUGCGGACGCAGUAAAUGAACUGCAUUUACUGCUGAGCCAUCACAGUAUAGACAACAACAGUCAUGAGGUCAAAUGA